CGUUAUUCCAUUCAUUUUACUGUUAUGGAUCUGUAAUGAAUUACAAGGUGAGGAUAAAAAAAAAACAUAAAAAAAAACAUAAAAGUUGAAAUUGGCCUCAUCCUCAGGGGGUCAAGACCAUCACUCCUGGAUCAACCUGUGCUCAGACAGUGUUUCCCAACCAGGGUGCCUCAGCAAAACUACAACUCCCAGCAUGCCCGGAGAGCCAAAGACUAAAACUGGAGGCGAGCGACCAGAAAAAAAAUAAACAGUUAAUUAGCUGAGGUGAGAAAUAGUCACAUGAUCCGGCUGCUGGAGACACCUACGAUCACGUGACUUCUCACCCCUGAGUCGCCUGCGGUCACGUGACUCGCGAGGCGGCCUUGUUCUUCAGAGGUGACCGUACCAUAUAGAUCUGUGUGACGUACAGGUGUUGUUGCUUAAAAUAAGAAACCAACGAGAGUUCACUCCGCUACCGCCCGACACCGCUUAAUAUUUGUGGGCUACACUUGCCAGGAGUAAACAUGUCCGCCCCGCGCUGAAUCGUCAUGACGUCAUGCCGUAGUCGGCAAUCGGUGGGCCGGGCCCGGUGAGGUGUAGGAGAGAGCUGUCAGUGCGGCCGAGCUGCGGUUCUGUGCCAGGAUGAGUAACAGCCACCCCCUGCGCCCGUACACCGCGGUGGGCGAGAUCGAUCACGUGCACAUCUUGUCGGAGCACGUGGGCGCGCUGAUCAAUGGCGAGGAGUACAGCGACGUCACCUUCAUCGUGGACAAGAUGAGGUUCCCAGCACACAGGGUCAUUCUCGCCGCCCGCUGCCAGUACUUCAGGGCGCUGUUGUAUGGCGGGAUGCGGGAGUCUCGUCCGGAGGCGGAGAUCACCCUGCAGGACACCAGCGCAGACGCCUUCUCCAUGCUGAUGAAGUACAUGUACACCGGCCGGGCCAGCCUGCGCGAUGAGCGGGAGGAGGUGCUGCUCGACUUCCUGAGUCUGGCUCACAAGUAUGGCUUUCCCGAGCUGGAGGACUCCACGUCCGAGUACCUGUGCACCAUCCUGAAGACCCAGAACGUGUGUAUGAUCUACGACGUGGCCAGCCUCUACUCCCUGUCCAAGCUAUCCUCCACCUGCUGCACGUUCAUGGACCGCAACGCCCAGGACGUCCUGUCCAGUGAUGGCUUCCUGACCAUCUCCAAGGCCGCGCUCCUGGACAUUGUGCGCAGAGACUCGUUCGCUGCCCCGGAGAAGGAGAUCUUCCAGUCUCUGAUGCGCUGGUGCAGACAUAAUCCCAAAGAGAACCACUCGGAGAUCAUGGCCGCCGUGCGCCUUCCUCUGAUGAGCCUCACGGAGCUGCUCAACGUGGUCAGACCGUCCGCGCUGCUCACUCCAGACUCCAUCUUGGACGCCAUUAAAGUGCGAUCAGAGAGUCGGGACAUGGACCUCAACUACCGCGGGAUGUUAAUCCCGGAGGAGAACAUCGCCACCAUGAAGUACGGAGCGCAGGUGGUGAAGGGGGAGCUGAAGUCGGCCCUGCUGGAUGGUGACACGCAGAACUACGACCUAGAUCAUGGAUUCUCGCGGCACCCGAUCGAAGACGACUGCCGCUCAGGGCUGGAGGUGAAGCUGGGGCAGCCGUCCAUCAUAAACCAUGUGCGCCUCCUGCUCUGGGACAGGGACAGCCGGUCCUAUUCCUACUACAUUGAAGUCUCUAUGGAUGAAUUGGACUGGAUCAGAAUUGUUGAUCACUCAAAAUUCUACUGCCGAUCCUGGCAGAAACUCUACUUUACAGCCCGGGUGUGCAGAUACGUCCGGAUUGUGGGGACCCAUAACACCGUCAAUAAAGUCUUCCAUCUGGUGGCGUUCGAGUGCAUGUUCACCCACAAGAGCUUCACCCUGGAGCAAGGCCUGAUCGUUCCCACAGAAAAUGUCGCCACCGUCGCCGAAUGUGCCAGCGUGAUCGAGGGAGUAAGCCGGAGCCGCAACGCUCUGCUGAAUGGAGACACCAAAAAUUACGACUGGGACUCUGGGUACACCUGCCACCAGCUGGGGAGCGGAGCCAUCGUCGUCCAACUGGCGCAACCGUACAUGAUCGGCUCAAUCAGGUUAUUGCUGUGGGAUUGUGAUGACCGAAGUUACAGCUACUACAUCGAGGUGUCCACCGACCAGCAGCAGUGGACGAUGGUGGCCGAUCGCACAAAGGUUCCCUGCAGGUCAUGGCAGACAAUCAACUUUGACCGACGACCGACAUGUUUCAUCAGGAUCGUAGGGACCCACAACACUGCAAAUGAGGUUUUCCACUGCGUCCACUUCGAGUGUCCGGCGCCGACCAUCAGCCACAAGGAGGAGAGCGCGGAGGAGAGUCCAUUGGGGGAGCAAACGGUGUCCAUAACCCUACGGGUCCCGAACUCUCUGCACUCAGGGACCGAUCAGAGCGGCCGGGGCCACGCGCACUAAGACCACAGCACUCCCUCCCCGGGGACAUCUUGGCGGCGUCACGUUUUUGUUUUUUUUUUGUCAUCUCUCCGUAACCCUGACUCUGCAUUCCCAAGGACACCGCCGCCGACCUCUCGUGAAUGCGUAAAAGAUCCCAGGAGAGAAAAUUGCUGUUCAAUCUUCAUCAAGACGCUUAUUUGCGCCCUUCCCCCCCACCUCUCCGGCCCCCGACCGCCGCGUCCGUAGAGAACGUCAGCCGGUAAUUGACCAGAUUGUUGUUGAGAUUUGUGGCGCCGCCGCUAAUUGAGAGAUGUAUUAGUUUCUGACUAAGUCGGAUUCGCCUCCUCUAUUCGGUUCCCUCUAUUGAUUUUUUAUUUUUUUUCGAAACGGUUCCAUUCGCCGACCCCAUCCCCCUCGCCUCCCGCGCCGGUUAUCGUACAGAUUGUUUUACCAGCCUGUCACAUGUCGUCGGCAGAAGCCUCAGAAAACAAACCACCCACAGAGACAACUCCGGAUAUAAAUAGCGCCUGACUCGCUGGAGCAGAAACCUGUUUCCGAGCACUAAAUACGAGCGGCGGUGGUGGCGCCCGCCUGAGAACUGAUAAACCUGCGCGCUAAUGUGUAUUUAUAGACAGAGUCAAGACUGCGGAACCACCUCUCUGUGUGAGGUCGCUGGAUGUAACUGUCUCAUAUUCGGACGCCAUCUUGGAUCGGAGUAGACUGGCCCAGUAUACAUAUAGGAGGUUGAUGUACGAAUUGUCGUUUUUGCACUAAAACGGUGGUCGCCGAACUGUG